GGCAUCAUGCUGGUUUAUGAUAUUACUAAUGAGAAAUCAUUUGACAACAUCAAAAACUGGAUCCGAAACAUAGAGGAGCAUGCAUCGGCGGAUGUAGAAAAAAUGAUUUUGGGAAACAAAUGUGACAUUAAUGAGAAGAGGCAGGUGUCUAAAGACCGAGGCGAGAAGCUGGCGUUGGAGUACGGCAUCAAGUUCAUGGAGACGAGUGCGAAGGCUAAUAUCAACGUUGAGAACUCAUUCUUAACGCUCGCCAGAGACAUAAAAUCAAAGAUGGACACGAAAUUGGAGGGGAACAAUCCUCAGAGCAGCAACCAUGGAGUGAAAAUUACCACUGAACAGCAGAAAAAGAGCAGCUUCUUUCGCUGUGUGCUACUGUGAAGACCAAGGCCUUACUGUCCGCCGCCCAUGGGCUGGACACGACUGGACUAUGCUCUCCCUCUUAGCACUCCUCCUCCUUCCUCUUUUAUCCCAUCUCUUCUUCUCUGUCGCGCUCUUCUUCCAGCCCUAGGGCAGUCGGAGUUCCUGGCUCCUCUUAUCUUCUUCCAUUGACAGAUUAGCGAUGCCGCUUCCUCUCGCUCAUGACCCUUCCCCGACGAAACCGUGGUGGGAAAGCAUUGGUUCUACAAGUCAAGGUGAAGAACUGGGUGCUGAUGCAUCGUCGCAAUCGUUCCAGCAGCAAACGUGCACCUAAAGAAGAUCCCACAUCUUUGUUUCAAUCGCUCGUUUUGAGCGCACAACUGCCAAAAUUGAUCCAUUCCUUCGUGGCGACCUGGAAGCAGUCGUGAUUGUGGGUCAAGCCGCAGAUCUGAUAUUGAGCCAGUUCGAGAGUUACGUGGGACUUUCUUUAUCAUUCCAUUUUAUUUUUGGCCCUCAUGCAUUCUUCGACAAUCACAUGACCUUAUUGUAAGUAGAGGAAUAUUAUAACCCACCUCUUAGAUGCUUUUUCCUUUCUUUCAUUUAAAAAAA